ACCAUCACAAUGAUUGCUAUUCAAAUCGCUCGCCCAACCAUCCGCCAUUUCUCUGUGCACCGUCCGCGGCCCGACACUCGCACCUCCCGCUUCAUCACCAGCUCCUGUCUCUUCUCCGCCGUUGUUCUUCCUUUUGUACCUCCUGCGCUGGAGAGCUCUCGGGAAAAGAGCAAGGGCUAUCCCAACCACAAUAAGCCACACCCCCCACUCUGCUUCCACGCCCGCUAAAGCGGUUCUAUCCGUUCGGAAAUAAGCCCACGAGUGGGGCCAUACUUGCAUGCUGAGGGAUCACCUCUUUCAUGUUAUCACGCCAUCCUUCGAUUUUCCCACACUGUCGGAUUGCCGAAAUUUUCGUCUC